UCAAAUGUAAUCGAUACCAUAACUGGGAAUAAAAAAAUACAGGUAAAUCGCAGGUAUGAAUCAGGAAACGACGCUUGAAUUAAUGGCCGACUUUACAUGUUUUCUUCAAUUCAAUGGUAGAUUUAUACUCUAGUUUAGGUAAAGGAUCACUACAAUUUUGUAUUAGAACUACUUUCGGGCACAAGCAAGAGCACAUGCAAGUUUGAAAGUACAUUUUAAAAGUUUUUUUUUUUUUGGUGCUGUUUUUUUUUACAAUGGCCUCUAGCAAUCCAAGAGGUUAUGCAGUGGACCCUAAACUCCCGAAAGCUCAGAGAUCCUAUGCAUUUAAUGACGAGGAAACCAAGCUGAGUUUUUCCUGUGGAAAUGGUAGCUUGUUUCUCAAGUUAUCUUCAUUUCUGUUAUUUUUCAGUGGCCUUUUACAGCUUAUAGCUAUUGCGGCACCCUACUGGGCUGCAGGCUGGAGACGUUCUAAGAUGUCAUGGCACGAAGGGGUUUGGAUGACAUGUCAAAGAGAAGAGAUGGAGAAUAAAUGGAUCUGUGGUGCUUAUGAUUACUUUAGUAGUAGACCUGGAGUUCCAGUUUGGUAUGAUGCUGUGCAGGCGAUGGGGCUUAUGUCUAUAGUCAUAUUUUUGCCUGCUGUCCUUCUCAAUGUAUUUUACACUAUGCAUCCUAAAGGGACAAUGUACAAAGGAUUGUUGUGGUUUAACUUUGCCCUAACGUUGGCUACAGCUCUGUUGCCCCUUACAAUGGUGAUAGUGUUUGCUGCUGGCCAUCCUGGACGUUAUAGAUUUCCCAUUCCAUAUUUAGAUGAAGACCAUGAUGAUGAUCCUUUUGAGUUUCAUUUUAGCUUUGCCUUUGAAAUUAUUGCAUCUUUUGUUUCUUUGUGUGCAUUUAUCCUUGAAAUUAUGGAUUUUACAAAGAAUAAAUAAUCCAGUACUAUGGUGGUAAUAUUACUAUUAUAUUGAAGGAAAAAUCUUUUUAAAUUCUAAAAAAAAAAAAGAAAAAAAGUUGUAAUUUAGACUUACAACUUUUCUGUUACUCUAAAAUGACCUAGUUGAAGGCUCAACAUUUAUCUCAUUCCAUUUUACUAUUGUUACAGAUUAAGAUUCUUUUUUUUUUUCUAUUUACAUCUGACUUUUGUUUGUAAUCAAAGCAAACUUGUUUAGAGAGUGUUUUUUCUAACAAAUAAAGUUUUGUGUUUUUUAUUUUUUAAAUCAAAACAUUCAUAAUUUCCUUUUAACUUUUUUUCUCUUCAAAAAUCUUAUUUUUCUUUUAAAAAUACAUUUUUUAUAUGAAGAUAAUGACCAACUGCUGAACAUGUAAACUGUUUUUGUAGUUACUACAUUUUAUUGACAAUACCUUUUUUAUGUAUGAAUUUAAAUAAUUUGGCAGCAUAAUUGCAUUAUAGUUGUACUAAUACUGCAUCAAGGAAAGCAAAUUAUAGUGAAGAGCAAUUUGUACUGACCUAAUUGUGUUUAAGAUGUAUGUAUAUUGGAUAUUUUUGGAAAGUUUUCUCAGAAAUGUAUCAGGUUGAUUCCAAAAAGCAUAAUGAAAUGGUAUCUUGGUUUUAGACUUGGUUGUGCCAUUUAAUUUUGGAAUUUAUUCUAUUACUCAUAUAUAUAUCUUUGUAUGAUAAUCUUUUUUUUUUUUCAUUCUAUAUAAUUGUGAAAAUUGUGACACCAAUUUUUUUUUUGUAUCGACAUAUAAAGGCACUGUUAGCUGACAUUUUGUCAUUAUUCUGUUUACAAGUGUGCAAAAAAAUACUAAUAUUAAGGACAAAUAGUAAUUUACAUUUGUUUCAAAAACUUUUUCUAGAUAUAGCACUUAUGCAAAGAGUGUUUGUAUUUUUAUUGUAUAUAUUUUGUACAGUUUUUUUUUUAUAAUGCUCUAUCAUUCUUUGUACAAAAUUAGCAUCCUUGUUGUUUAGACCAAUAUAUAGAAGCAAGAAAAAAAAAGGGGAGGGUGACAAACAAUAGACUCCACGAACAUAUUUAUAGAUCCUUUUUUUAACACCCCCCCCCCCCUCCGCCUUGUUAUGUUAACUAAAUAAAAGGAUAAAUUGUAAUUAUACUUUUGUCAUUCAUUAUAUAUAAUCAAGCAUUCAAAAUAAAAAUGUACAUAUUUCUGUGAGCAAAA